AUUCAGCCAUCCACUAUAAAAAAUAAUCCAUACGGCUCCAGGGUGUUAAUAAAGGCCUUUUGAAGCGAAGCUAUGCAUUUUUGUAAGAAAAAUAUCCAUAUUUAAAACUUUAUAAAUUCAAAUAAUUAGCUUCCGGCGGAUGCCCGAUUAUUUUCAUGAUGGAUGGAUGCAUUUUUAAAAAAAAUUUUGGCUUCAAAAUCGUGCCUCCCAUUCCUAAGCAUUAUAAAGCUUGGAGGAGCAAGGAUAUUUUUAAAUACAUCUCUGAUUGUGUUCGUCUGAAGAAGAUAGUCAUAUACAUCCAGGAUGAUGGCUUGAGGGUGAGUAAAUCAUGGGAUAAUUUUCAUUUUUGGGUGAACUAAACCUUUAACACCACACAUGUACUUUAGUUGUCUAGUCUUCUAUGAGAUUAUAUAUGCUUAUGGCUCUUCUUAGGUGAGCCAGUUUAUGAUAUAUGGCUUAUUGCUAUUUGUAAUUUAUUAUUAUCCUACUAGUCCGUAGGAUCAAACUCCCAACAUCUGCUUUGCAGCUUUUGGGAAGUUGCAUCAAAAAAUGCUGAAUUUCCCAUAGUGGGGAAACUGCUGCUUUAAGUUUGAUGCUGAUAGUGGGAUUUCAAUACCAAAUGCUUAAAUCAUGCUUUAAGAAAACUGGAGUGUAAUAAACAGAAAAGGUUUCUAGAUCAAUUCGUUGGAUUUCCAAAGUGAAAAUCUCAGAACUGGAAACCUCAAACCCCUUCUUUUACCCCAAUAUUGAAUAUGUGUCUUUGUAUUAUUAUAUGUUUUUAUGUAUGCAAACUCUAUAAAUAAAAUACAUUUUAUAAAAAUCCCCUCAGUAGUUGUUGUUUUAGGUUAGAGUAAACAACACAAUCAGUGCAACUAUGAAUAAACAAAACAGAAGAAUAGUGCUACAAAAAUGCUGCAGUUCAAGUAGGAUCAACAGGAACUUGUCCUCUAGUAACUUGUAAGUCUUAGUGCUGUUUAAGUGGUUUACAUAGUAAUGAGUUUGAAUUAGUAAUUAUUAACAAUCUUCAAUGCUAUUUUAAAUACUCAAAUAUUCAAUUUGAACAGCUCUAAAAAAAACUAUAUCAUUGUGUUUGGUUGUUGUGUACAUGACUUAGAACAACAUACCAUCGUACCACACAUUAUCUGCUUUUAAAAGCACUGCUGAUUCUGUCAAAGGGACAAAAUAAACGUUAGCAUUAGAGAUGAUAGAAGAGGUGAUUAAAGAGGAAUGUGUGCAUUAAUGAGUUGCAUGGAAUUCCAGUUACUUGUUCAUGCAGAACCAAAAGGUGAACAAAGGUGAGCUCCCCAUACUAUCUUCAGGGGAUUAAAACACAUGUAACUUCUCCACACGUGUCUAAGCAUCAAUGCUUGAAGUGUAUGAUGUGAAAAGAGACCACUAGGCAGGUGUUGAGUUCCAGCCUCGCCCCCUUUUGACUGUAGCUGGGAGGGAAGGAAGGUCUCAAUCUCUGCUCCCUAGAGAGGACUGGCUCGGCUGGUAUAACCAGUCACAAUAGAGCGCCGGCAACAGAGAGGCACUCUAUGUGUUUACUAAAGUCACAAGAAAGACAGAAAUCUAACCUUAUGAGAAAGGACGAGGGCUGAAGGGAGACCAGAGUGUUUCAGAACAUGUUUUGGGGAUGGUUGAUGAUUUGCUGACUCAAGACAUGGAUUUGCACGGAAGCUAAAAAUGGGCAGAUCACAGCGAUGACUUGUUGCUCACGUUGGCUGGUGACGGGGAGUAAUUUAACACCAGACAGAGUGAGGCCAUUUAGAAUGGGAGGAGAUAGCAGAGAUAUGUCAGAACUUGAUGGAAAGAGGCGAUGGACUGAGGGUGUGUGAGUGAGACAGGCGCUGACGGGGUGGUCACAAAAUCAAAUUAAAGAGGUCUGGAAAAGGCUGGGAAUGUUCUUAAACUCUGAUGUUGCUAUUUUCCCUCAAGACCGUCUUCAAGUUCUCCAAAUCUUCCAGGAACUAUGGCGACAAUUCCUCCAUGGAGUAUCCUGCUUUUCUCUUGACUUUUGGUGGCUAAAAAGAGUUAAAUAUCUUCAACGCAUGAGGAAGAACCUCAGCUAUUUGAAUAAUUCACCAACAUCCUCCUCCAAGUAACUUAGAGCAGCUGCCAGUUAUUAUCUACACCUCAACAUGCAAUUUUCCACAGUCAUUUUUUUGUAGAAGACCUCCAUCCAUCAUCGGGUUCCAAUCAUGUCAAACUCUCAUGAGCAGAGCCUCAAUGAGAAUGUCAUCUUCACUCCGUUGACGGAAUCCAGUCCGGACUUCUUGCACUGCGAGGAAGAACGCUAUUGUGUGGAAAGCCUGGUGAGCUCCGGUCCUGAGGCUUUCUACACCAAACUCCACCGGGAACAAGUCGGAUCGUUCUUGUCCACCGGCGAGGUGAACCAGAUCUCCAGCUGGGUCGAGGACUAUCAUCAAAGCGAUGCGGUCCUGGAGGAUGGAAAUGGUGAGGUGGAGGUCGGUUCUGAUGGGGACGACUUCUCUGGACAUUAUUUUCCCACAGAGUCUGACACUCCGGCACCAUCCCUGGAACUAGGAUGGCCAGAAAGGUACAACUGGAUGGACAUGGGUCAGGUUCAUGUGUAUACCAAUCCUCCUACAGAACCGGAGCCCUCCAUACGGGUAGUCCUCAGGAGACUCUUACAAGGGGCCACUAGGGUGAUCGCCGUGGUAACAGAUAAAUUGUCGGACAAAGCAGUGAUUAGUGACCUCCAAAACGCUGCAUCCCGGGGGGUUCCGGUUUACAUCAUCCUCAACAGAAGAUCCGCGGAGGAGAACUGCUCUUCGCAUCAGCUUCAACAUCCGAAUAUCAUGGUGCGCAUUCUUGGAGGUAAAACGUUCCUGACGCAUGACACGAAGAUGGUUGUUGGAGAACUAAAGGACAACUUUGUGUUGGUGGAUCUGGAGACAGUGAUGUUGGGGAGCUACAGUCUUACCUGGAGCGAUGCUCACCUGCAUCGUCAGCUCGUCACCCUUAUGAGCGGCCCAGUCGUGGAAUCUUUCGAUCGUGAGUUUCGGACCCUCUACGCUGCCUCACUCCCAAUCCCAGAAGCAUGGAAAACUGGAAAACCAGCAACUGAACCCAAAAUAUAUAAUAAACUCCCACCCCUGCACAUAAACAGCAACAAAAUCGAACUCGCCGAGUACGUCUCCAAUCCUCCGCCUCCUCCUAUGGACAGCCCUCUGGACUGGGAGGAGAUGGGGGUCAUCAAGAGAUUCCCGGACAGCCCUCUUAGUCCUGCACCUGAUGCUGCGGAGAUGCAGUUCCAUCAUCGACACCACCUGGACAGACAUCCAGGAGGAUGGGAGGUCUCCUACAAUGACUUUAACAGCAGACUGCUGCCUGGACAUCAAGAGGAGGUUAAGUUCAAUUCUAUGUUUCUGUCAGACUUUAGGCAUCCAGAAUAUCAAAGGCAAAGGCGGCAUUACUCUCCAGGCGAAAUGCAUAGCAAUGACUUGAUGAACAGGCAUCUGCAGAUACCUGAGAGAAUCAUGUAUCCUCUGCUGAAUCCUGAAAAUGAGGAGAGGUAUCCUGUGUACAAAUCCCGCAUCCACAGAAACGACAUGACAUCAGAGGAAGAGAUGAGACGAGAUUCUUUCCUGAGGAGGGACAGAGUUUUAGGAGAUACGAUAAACCCAGAAGGAACCACACAAUCCCAUCUAAAGAAGUCAUCAGAACUUUCCCGGAGCAAGACUUUCAGCACUUUGAGUGACAUUCUUAAACGGGUCAAUGCACGUGCCUGUUCCUCAGGACAGACUAGGACAGAAAACCAAGCGCCAGGCAUCAGCAAAUCCACGCUGGAGCUCAAUCUACAGCGUUCAGACACGGCAUCAACUGCUCGAACCACCAACUGUGACAAUCUUCCUCUGACUCCAGCUCUGGCACUUAUGAAAAAGAGAAACGAUGAUGUUAAAUCGGGAAUGCUGAGGAACAUGCCCAGCGUGUUUUCAUCUGGAUUCAGAACUCCCGGCUUUGGCCUGCAGAGGGAGCCACUGUGGCGAUCCCCUUUCAGAAGCCAUAGAAGUGAGGAGGAGCACUGAUGUUAUGCAGGAAAGCCCAGACAAUGACAUCACCAGUGUUACAAUAAUUCCCACGUAUUUAAAUAUGUAAAUAUUACUGUAAUAAGCAGCGCUGCGUGUACAAGGGGAGUUUCCUGCUUAAUGAGAGUAAAUAUUCAUCAGCAAUGAUGUCACACUUGAAGAAUAAGUCUAUUAACAUAUGCCUGAUUUACAUGUGUUAUUGAAAGAUGUGAUGGACUCAUGACCUAUGAACUGUCAUAUUUUCUCAAUGAAAAGGGAAUUUUAAGGUCAAAUGUUUAUGCUGCCUACCAUUUAAGAUAUACCUUCAUUUAUAAAAUUGAAUACCACAAAUAUUCUAAUAUGCUCAUUAAGUCAUCAUGAAAUUAUGUUUGCAGCCUGUUUUAUUUCAGUACAUCCAUCGGCUGCAAAGGAAAGUUGCUUCAGAGGAGCAGGUUAUUACAUUUUAUUUAAAGAUUACAAAGAAAGACCUUUGGAAUAAUGUGCACUGAGGGAAUCAUUCCAAAUAUACCAGGAAAGCGUAAGGAUCAAAUUUAAUUUCAUGUUGAUUUUAAAUCAUUAGACCUUUCUGGACUGGACGGGCUGCUAAGAUUAAACAAAAUUCCUCAAGUAUAAAAAAAAUAGUUUGUUUUAUGAUAUAAUAGAAAAUUGUUUCUUAAAGGUACACUUUGUACCUUUUUUGUAACUUUUUUUGUUUAAAAUAAAUUUCAAUGAGUCAAAAUCA